CGCUGCUCGGCGCUUUCGGGGUGACCGGAGGGGCACUGCUCGGCGCUUUCAGUGGGACCGGAGGGGCGCUGCUCGGUGCUUUCGGGGUGACCGGAGGGGCGCUGCUCGGUGCUUUCGGUGGAACCGGAGGGGCGCUGCUCGGUGCUUUCGGUGGAACCGGAGGGGCGCUGCUCUCUGCUUUCGGGGUGACCGGAGAGGCGCUGCUCGAUGCUUUUGGGGUGACCGGAGGGGCUCUGCUCGGCGCUUUCAGUGGGACCGCAGGGGCGCUGCUCGGUGCUUUCGGGGUGACCGGAGGGGCGCUGCUCCGCGCUCUCGUUGAAUCCGGAGGGGCGCUGCUCCGCGCUCUCGGUGGAUCCGGAGGGGCUUUGCUCGGCGCAAACGGUGGGACCGGGCGGGCGCUGCUCCGCGCUCUGGCCGUGGAUGCUCGCCCCGCAGAGAAGAGCUGGGGGUAAGGCCGCCGCGGGCUCGCAGCCUCCACUCAGGGCCGCUGCACUGAAGAAAUGAGUGGUGGCUUGGCUCCAAGUAAGAGCACGGUUUAUGUAUCCAACUUGCCCUUCUCCCUGACGAACAAUGAUUUAUACAGGAUAUUUUCCAAGUAUGGCAAAGUUGUGAAGGUUACUAUAAUGAAAGACAAAGACACGAGGAAGAGUAAAGGUGUUGCAUUUAUUUUGUUUUUGGAUAAAGACUCUGCCUUAAACUGCACCAGAGCAAUAAAUAACAAACAGUUAUUUGGUAGAGUGAUAAAGGCAAGCAUUGCUAUUGAUAAUGGAAGAGCAGCUGAGUUCAUCCGACGGCGAAACUACUUUGAUAAAUCUAAGUGUUAUGAGUGUGGGGAAAGUGGACACUUAAGUUAUGCCUGUCCUAAAAACAUGCUUGGAGAACGUGAGCCUCCCAAGAAGAAAGAAAAGAAGAAGAAGAAGAAAGUUCCUGAACCAGAAGAGGAGGUUGAAGAAGUUGAAGUGAGUGAAGAAGAAGGGGAAGAUCCGGCUCUGGACAGUCUCAGUCAGGCCAUAGCGUUUCAGCAAGCCAAGAUUGAAGAGGAGCAAAACAGAUGGAGAGCCAGUCCAGGGGGUCCCUCAGCCUCCGAUGAUUCCAGACGACCAAGGAUAAAGAAAAGCACAUAUUUCAGUGAUGAAGAAGAACUUAGUGAUUAAAAUUGUAUUUAUUUUGUAAAUAUUAUUCAAAUAAAAUCUUACUGUACAAAA